UGACAAAUGUUUAGUUUAAAAAUGUUUGACAAGACUUUUGAUUGGUAGACAGUUCGGCAGAUCAACAAGGAAAGUAAACGAAAACAACAAACAUUGCCAUCAAAUUGAGAAGAACAGGAAAUGGAUUACCCACACAGGGCACAUGAAGCUCUAUUGCGAAUCGAAAGUCUAAUAUCAACGAAAAACCAGGACCAUGUUCUCGAUCUGAUUUCGGAGUUCAUCUUCUACGAGAAGAAAUCGGAUUCUCGCAAAUAUGGAAAUACACACAAAAACCAGCAAACGUGCGGACUAUCGCUGAUCCAAGAAUUUCAAUUGGUUGUUGUCCUGUGCGAAUUCUAUGAACGUCCCGGUCAAGAGAUGAUCCGAAAUGCGGUAUUUCUAUCACUGUUCGAAAGAUCGAAUGCUUACCGACUGAAAGUGUUGAGCAAAUUGAUUGGAACAGCAAUUGCAUCGUCUGUCGCUCCUAUCCUAAUGGCAGCUGGCACUUGGAUUCAACAAGUCGGACCAACCAACACAUCAUGCUUGGAAUUGACCCAGAAGCUGAUCGAAGAUUUCAUUGUUUUUUCCAACAAAGGUCCCGAACAAUUGAAAAAUCUACCGGCGAUUUCACCAAGAUUUUCCAUCAACUUCUUGGUAUGCUGCACAGACCUAUACCUAAACGACACAAAGUCACACCAAUUAAUGCCACCACCGCCACCAGCCCUAUUAGAAAUUUUUACAAAUUGGAUGCUGGACUAUCCCACUUUGUGCACGGACGCUCAACCUCAAUUGGCUUUACCUCAGGGUGCAAUAUCGAUGCCAAUCGUGAGUCCGCUUCCCGGAUUGAUUAGAUGGUGCGUUUUGGCUCCGAUUUCAAACGCCUCCACCGAUGGAUCUGCGUACAGUAAACUUCAUCUGGCCAUAUUGAAGAGCCUUAUGCAAGAGUCCAAAUCCGUGAAUGAUCUGCCACCCGCGUCGGCAAUCAAUUCUGUUGCCUUGGGAGUGGUUAUAUUCGCUCUAAAGUUCAGAGCGACAGAAAUCGGGAAAACGGGAGAUAUCGACACCGAUGAAAAGAUGCAGUUGAGCUUGGAACGUCUGGCUCAAUGCAUACAAAUAGCAUUGCAAUCUCGAUCGCUGACCGGUAAUGUUUCACAGAUGAUAUCAAAGCUGAAAAUGAAAAUGAAAAUGAAACAUCCCAGAGCCUCACAAUUUUGACUAAGUGCUUUAUCUAUUUUGCUAACUAGGUGGUGUAGAGCCAUUUCUGCCGAUGUUUUUGGUUGAUACGCAUAUUGUCUGGGGCGAAACCGACAGGUCGAAAAAUAUUUGAGCUCCGCGAAAAUACUGUAAAAAGUUAAUAAAAUA